CUCAUCGAUCGAUCUUCUUGCAUAUACGAUACAUAUGCGUUUUCUCUCUCUACAUUGUUUUAACAUAAGAUGUAUACAAUAUUCCUUGCAUGUUAUUCAAGUAUAUUAAUACACAUGCAUGUUAAUUAUUCUAUAGUACUACUACUAUAUAUAUAUAUAUCUAUUUGUUCUUUUCUUUGUGAAGAAGAAAUUAAUAUUGUACUAUUCCAUGGCUUCUGGACUUUGUCUUGCUAUUUUAUUUUGCUUUGUCUACAAGUUUACGCCGAAUUCUCUAAGCCUACCGUGUGAUUUUUCUGCAUUUUUUUUACUAUAUAUAAUUAAUCUCGAUCGUAAAACUUAAUCCCAUUAUAAUUGGUCGAAAAAUUGUACUAUUUUCUUGAUUUAAAGAAAAAAAUUGGAAAUGGAUGAUUUUGUGUCAAUAGAAAAGAGUGUUGUUGUUUUGGGCUGUGUAUAUUUAUCUUGGAAAAUUAUUAAGCACAUAUGGAGCUUCUUGAUUGUUGAUAAAGAACCUGUUACUGUUCUUGUUACUGGUGCUGCAGGACAAAUAGGGUAUGCACUAGUACCGAUGAUAGCAAGAGGGGCAAUGCUAGGUCCAGAUCAACCGGUAAUAAUACACAUGCUUGAUAUUUCACCGGCCGCCGAAGCACUUAACGGCGUUAAAAUGGAACUCGUUGACGCUUCGUUUCCACUUCUCAAAGGGGUAGUUGCCACGACGGACGUAGUAGAAGCUUGUAACGGCGUUAAUAUUGCCGUUAUGGUGGGCGGAUUCCCGAGGAAGGAAGGUAUGGAGAGGAAAGAUGUAAUGUCAAAGAAUGUAUCUAUUUACAAGGCUCAAGCCUCUGCCCUAGAAAAACAUGCUGCCCCAGAUUGCAAGGUAUUGGUGGUAGCAAAUCCAGCAAACACAAAUGCACUAAUCCUAAAAGAAUUUGCUCCCUCAAUCCCAGACAAGAACAUAACUUGUCUCACAAGACUCGACCACAACCGGGCUUUAGGACAAAUCUCGGAGAAGCUCAACGUACACGUUGGCGACGUAAAAAACGUCAUCAUUUGGGGUAACCAUUCUUCAACUCAAUAUCCAGAUGCAAAUCAUGCUACUGUCAAUACGGUCAAUGGCGAUAAACUCGUACCCGACCUCGUUGGAGACGAUAAAUGGUUGAAAACGGAGUUUAUUGCGACGGUGCAACAAAGGGGCGCAGCGAUUAUUAAAGCGAGGAAGCUUUCGAGUGCAUUGUCUGCUGCAAGUUCUGCUUGUGAUCAUAUUCGUGAUUGGGUUUUAGGAACUCCCAAGGGAAAUUGGGUGUCAAUGGGGGUUUAUUCAGAUGGGUCAUAUGGAAUUCCAGCAGGCCUAAUUUAUUCUUUCCCAGUUACUUGUGACAAAGGAGAAUGGUCAAUUGUGCAAGGUUUGAAGAUUGAUGAAUUUUCAAGGGAGAAAAUGGAUGCAACUGCAAAAGAGUUGAUGGAGGAAAAAUCACUGGCAUAUUCAUGCCUCAAUUGAGUCACCCACACUCGGACAACCUAUUUCCAUUCGUCUGUCACUCACUUCGUCGUCGUUUUAUCAUCACGGGAAAAAAAAAUCGAGUCAAAGCGUAGUUUCUACUCAUAGUUGGAAAUAAAAAAAAUAAUUAAUCGUUUAUUUGUAAGCCGCUCGAUACUCGAUUUCAGAUCAUUAACUAUGAAUUUGAUCAUCGAUCAUUAUUAA